AUGGGAUCAUCAGAGUCUGGUCUGCAGCUCCGACCCAAACAGCAGCUGCAGCCGCCAAGACUGAAGAAGACGAGUCAUGCUCGUCAGUUUCUUCAUCUGAGGCGUCUGAUCGGAGAAAACUCCCCCAUGACCUACUCUCAUGUGUCAGAGCUGCUCUAUGAUCAGAUUCCUCUACAGAAGUGGAUCUGCUGGAUCACUGCUACAGUUCUGGAGGAUGUGUUGAAAACCAGAGAGGGAGAAGAGCUGCCCAAGACCCUGACUCAGAUGUACAUCCACUUCCUGGUGGUUCAGACCAAACUGAAGAACGUCAAGUAUGAUGGAAGAGGUGAGAGAGAUCCACACUGGAGUCCAGAGACCAGGAAGAUGAUUGAGUCUCUGGGAAAACUGGCUUUUGAGCAGCUGCAGAAAGGAAACCUGAUCUUCUAUGAAUCAGACCUGACAGAGUGUGGCAUCGAUAUCAGAGCAGCCUCAGUGUACUCAGGAGUGUUCACACAGAUCUUUAAAGAGGAGAGAGGACUGUACCAGGACAAGGUGUUCUGCUUCGUCCAUCUGAGUGUUCAGGAGUUUCUGGCUGCUCUUCAUGUCCAUCUGACCUUCAUCAACUCUGGAGUCAAUCUGAUGUCAGAGGAACAAUCAUCAUACUGGUUAAUUGGACUUUUCUCCUCCUUGCGGUCUAAAGUCUUCCCAGACAAACCUGAACCAGCACAUCUCUACCAGAGUGUUGUGGACAAGGCCUUACAGAGUCCAAAUGGACACCUGGACUUGUUCCUCCGCUUCCUCCUGGGUCUUUCACUGCAGACCAAUCAGACUCUCCUACGAGGUCUGCUGACACAGACAGGAAGUGGCUCACAGACCAAUCAGGAAACAGUCCAGUACAUUAAGAAGAAGAUCAGUGAGAAUCUGUCUCCAGAGAAAAGCAUCAACCUGUUCCACUGUCUGAAUGAACUGAAUGAUCGUUCUCUAGUUAAUGAGAUCCGAUGGCACCUUAGAUCAAGAAGUCUCUCCACAGAUGAACUGUCUCCUGCUCAAUGGUCAGCUCUGGUCUUCAUCUUACUGUCAUCAGAAAAAGAUCUGGACGUGUUUGACCUGAAGAAAUACUCUGCUUCAGAGGAGGCUCUUCUGAGGCUGCUGCCAGUGGUCAAAGCCUCCAACAAAGCUCUGCUGAGUGGCUGUAACCUCUCAGAAAGAAGCUGUGAAGCUCUGUCCUCAGUUCUCAGCUCCCAGUCCUCUAGUCUGAGAGACCUGGACCUGAGUAACAAUGACCUGCAGGAUUCAGGAGUGAAGAAGCUGUCUGCUGGACUGAAGAGUUCACACUGUUCACUGGAAACUCUCAGUCUGUCAGGUUGUCUGAUCACAGAGGAAGGCUGUGCUUCUCUGGCCUCAGCUCUGAGAUCCAACCCCUCUCAUCUGAGAGAGCUGGACCUGAGCUACAAUCAUCCAGGAGACUCAGGAGUGAAGCUGCUGUCUGCUGGACUGGAGGAUCCAGACUGGAUACUGGCCACUCUCAAGGUGGAUCAUGGUGGAGAGCAGAGGUUAAAACCUGGUCUCAGGAAGUACGCCUGUGAACUGGAAGUGGACACAAACACAGUGAACAGAAAACUCAAACUGUCUGACAACAACAGGAAGGUGACAUGGGGAGAGGAUCAGUCAUAUCCUGAUCAUCCAGACAGAUUUGAUCACUGGCCUCAGCUGCUGUGUAGAUCUGGUCUGACUGGUCGCUGUUACUGGGAGGUCGAGUGGAGAGGACUGGUUUAUAUCUCAGUGAGUUACAGAGGAAUCAGAAGGAAAGGAAGCAGUAAUGACUGUUUGUUUGGAAGAAAUGAUCAGUCCUGGAGUCUGAGCUGCUCUGAUGGUCGUUACUCUGUCUGGCACAAUAACAGAGGAACAUCCAUCACCUCCUCCUCCUCCUCCUCUGUCUCUAACAGAGUAGCAGUGUAUGUGGACUGUCCUGCUGGCUCUCUGUCCUUCUACAGAGUCUCCUCUGACAAACUGAUCCACCUCUACACCUUCAACACCAUAUUCACUGAACCUCUGUAUCCUGGGUUCUGGAUCUGGUCAUUGGGUUCCUCAGUGUCUCUGUGUGAUCUGUAGGUCUGAGAGUCUGUGGAAGUGACAGCAGCUUCAGUCCUGUGGUUUAAAUGUUGGUGGUGGAUGAGGUUUCACUUUGGUUUCACUUUGAAUCACUGAGUUCAGACAAACCUUUAAGUUAAUGUUCAUGUGUUUUCAAGAAAUUAUUAUUUCUUCAGACGUGUUUGACAAGUUAAAUCUGUUUUAGUGUAAAAAUAUUCUGUUACAGUUCUACAAACAACAGACCUAGUAGACUUAUGCAUGUGGUAUUGGAAAUGAUUAGUUCUGCGUAGAAAGUGUUGUCAGCACCAGUCACAGAUCCAGAGCAGAUGAUUGUAUUUAACCAAAUUUCACCCCAAACAGAGGUAAUGAGUCAUUUUCUGUAGCCAAAAGCUGAAACAUGACAUUAGUUCAAAAUCAUAUCUCUAAGAUAUUCAUGACAUUUCUUCCUGAUAUUUUUAUAUUCUGUAAACUCAGAGUCAACAAUGAUCCACCGUCACCACACUGAUGAAAACUCUUCACUAAAGAUAUAGUCACUGAUUCUAAUAUGAUACGUUUUUUUCAGCAAAUAUCUCCUCAUCGUCCACCGACACCUCCAGCCAGGCAGCAACAGGGACCAUUCAUGCUAACAGACAGUAUCAUUUUAAGGAUUAGCAGUAGAAGAAGGAGCAGUUUACCUUUCUGUGUUUAUGUCAGAAACUCACUCUCUGCAGGACAAACUGCUGAUGUUGUAUUAAUGUUACCUGGUCUUUAGCGCCACCUGGUGGAGCCUGGUCUCCACUGCACUGAGUUGUUUCAGCCUCUAGAUGGAGUCAUUACUCCAGGACUGACUCCCAUCAUCCUCUCUGAGUCUGUGUCUCUCAGUCUGUGUCCUGGGCCCGGUUUUUCAAAAGGUUUAAUCUGGAUAAAAUUGAUCUGGAUUUGGUAAUCCUUUUUUUUGCUAUCCAUGAUCACGUAAUCCAUUUUACUUUUGUUCCAGACUGGGUCUGGAAAGGGACUAAAUCAGAUUAGGUUCUUAGAUUUAUGAGUAGUGAAACAUAAUCUUUGAAUCACUUUACAAAGUUAUUUAAUAAAAAGAAUAAGAGAAGUUUUCAGACUUUAUUUAGAGAUGACUGACUUGUUUUCUCUGAGACUUUGUAUAUUUCUUCUUCAGGAUCAUAAAACUAACAGACUGUCAGACAGAAACAUUUAAACUGUCAGUUGAUGAGUGAUGAGAGUUUUUCAGAGGUCUGGCUGCUGAGUCAGUCUCUUCAGCUGGAUCAAAGAGAAACCAGUUUAUCUCCACUACAGAGACACUGAGCUGCAUCUAUUAUUCACACAAUCUGUGUUCACCGGCUGGUCAGGGCUGCAGGAGGGGGGAGGAGACAAGGGAGGAGGAGGGGGAGGAGGAGGGGGAGGGGAGGGGGAAGAGACAAGGGAGGAGACUAGAGAUUAGAGAUUAGUGGAUAAAUAGCUGCAGGAGGACGACAGCAGCAUUUUGUUUAACAUCAGAGAGUUCAAUAAAAAUACUUCAUGUUCUGCUGCUGAGUUCUGACUUUACUGAAGGACACCUUACUGUGUUUUCUUUAGUUUGGUUCAGAUCAGACUUUAGACACUGUAAAUAUAUUAUAAUAUAAAGACUACUACCAGUCUACAGAACAGCAUCUGGACAGACACAACAGAGUCUGGAACUUUAUGGAACUUUAUUGCACCACUGCAGAGAUGUACUUUGUAUGUUUGUCCUUUAAAGAUGUGUUGUUCUCCCUCUCAGU